CUCUUUUCUUUUUACUUUCAAAGGCACAAAGAUGAAGUUUGGAAAGACACUGUUGAAUAACCAAAUUCCUGAAUGGUCAAGGAAUUAUAUUUCUUAUAAAGCAUUAAAGAAAGAGAUCAAGGCUGCGUCAAGUCAACUACCUCCUCCAGAAGAAUCCAUUACAGCCGUAUUCUUCAAACUAGACAGAGAGCUAGAAAAGGUCAACACAUUCUUUGUUUAUAAGCAAAACUUAAUUGAUCGCCGCCUUUGGAUUCUUGAUGAAAAGUACGAUAAACAUAGAAAAGAUGAAUCAGAUGAGCUUUCUCGAGCCUUGAAGGAGACACGCUCACAAAUGAACAAACUGUUGUGGUUUGCAGAGAUGAACUCGAAAGGAUUCAGGAAAAUACUUAAAAAAUUGGACAAAAAAUUAGGUUUGGAAACACAAGCAAUCUAUUGGGAAACAAAGGUUGCCGUCCUUCCAUUCGCAACGCCUGUUCAUUUGAAGGGUAGUAUCGAAAAGUUGAAUGAUUGGAUCAAUAAUCUCUCUUGUCUCGAACAGCCCUCUACCAGCACGAGUUCAACCCUCAAACUGGCUCGUUUUAAAUCAAAUAAUGAAGAUAUUUCAUUGACUAUUCAAAAUGACAGCGUUUCUGACCUGCAAAAGUUGCUAAAGAAAGGAACAGAGAUUGAUGAAACACUAUUAGACCUUGCCGUAGAACAUCAAUCAAUCCAGUGUCUCGAAUUUUUGAAAACAAAACUUGGCCUCAGCCUGUUGAACCACAAGGACUUGAAUGAGCGCAACUUACUACACCGUGUCUGCAUCAGGCCAUCUUCAUCACUUGAUAUUGUCGAAUCUUUGCUUUCUUUAGAACCAGAGCUAUCCAUGCAAAAGGACUUUGCCGGUAGACGUCCUCUGCAUUAUGCUGCGGAAUCAAAUCAUGCUCAGCUUGUGAACAUGCUUCUUAACCACGCGAUCAAGCAUGGGUAUUAUACUAUCAAUACUGGAUUUGCCGAUCAAACCUGGCAGGACCGUGAAGGUUUCACUCCCUUGUUUUACGGUAUUCUACACGGAAGUACGGAUGCUGUAAAGGAAAUGCUUGAAGUAGGCGACAUCACAGAUAUUGAUGAAUUGAUUGCCUCUGGACAAAAAUCACCUCCUAUCGAAACUGACGAGCAAAACGAAUUCUUGCCUGACUUUGCUCGUUCGUUACACCAUCCUUCUUCUGUUGCUCUCGCAUGCAAGCUUGGUAAUCUCGACUUACUCAAGCUUUUGAUCAGCAAAGGCGCUUCAUCUAAUCUAGCUGAUGAGGACGGAGAAACCCCCUUAUUGUUUGCUAUUCGAAGUCAUUUUGUCGAAGGCGUCAAGGUCUUAAUCGACCAAGGUUGUGUCAAUGUCAACUUGCCUGAAAAGAUCAAUGGUUGGACUCCUCUGAUGGUCGCAGCUAUCGAAGGGUACAAAGAUAUUACAGAGAUACUACUUGCAGCAAAUGCAGAUAAAGAUGCAAUUGAUAAUAACGAAUGGACCGCUUCAGAUCACGCCGUCUUUCGUGGUUUCUUGGACAUUGGGAAACUAGCCAAACCAACGAACCCAACACGCUACGUGAAACCUACUGUCAACGCGCGUCUUUCAGGCGAGAAAAGUCCUCCAAGAAGGACAUCUAAAGCUGUAGCCAGAGCAAGUCGUGUGUAUGGCCACAAGUAUCUCACGGACCAAUGCAUGAUCAUUAUUACCUUGGGAUCCAACGACGUGCGCAACUCACUCUGUAGUAAGUUUAUUGAACUGAGCAAGUCGUUCCUUGGUGAAGACCAGCACCGAAGACUGUCUCUGUCUGUCUCUGCUACAAACGCUUCUGGUGAAUUUCCAAUCAUUGACUUACCCACGGAUGAUUUUCACAGUCAUUGGCCAGAACCUAUAGUCCUCUUUGCUACUAGACCGGAAGAGGUCAUCCUGCGAUUUGACCUCAUCGAUACCUUUAGCUCGUCACGUAAUAGCAGUAUCUUGGCUCGCGGCACCUCCGUUCUUGCAGCGGACUUUAUCUUCAAUAACUCCAAAGGUUUUCAAAAUCAGACCGAAAGAGGUUCACUGCGUGGCCGUCUGACAGUACCUUUGGUACAAGCCAAAGACCUUGAGUACGUCGGCACGUUGGGAUUCGAGUAUUUUGUUAUUACACCAUUUAAACACAAGAACAUGCGUAUUGGUGAUCGCUACACUUACUACAAGUCGGUAGAUACUCAAGUCAUCGGACAUCGUGGUUCUGGAAUGAACCGAAAGGGAUCACGACUUCAAGUAGGUGAAAACACAGUACUCGCGUUUGUGACAGCUGCCUCGCUUGGCGCAGAAUAUGUUGAAUUUGAUGUUCAAUUAACAAAAGACUUGGUUCCUGUUGUCUAUCAUGACUUUACCGUAACAGAGACAGGUUACGAUAUUCCUUUAAACUCCAUCACCUUAGAGCAAUUCCUAAACCUGAGAAGAUCCGGUCAGAUCAAGGAGUACCAUACAGGUAUCAAAGAAGGUGCUCAUGGCACAGUCAUCUCUACUCAGCGUAUGAGCGGAUCUGUAGAUGACUUUGCAGACUUUUCCUCUCCUAUUCCUCAUACGGGUCGUAUCAACCGAUCUUUUUCGUUCACAGGAACGAGUUCCAAUACAAGCAGUCCUAAACGACACAGCCCCAUCGAUCAAACGCGCUUUUCAAAGUCUGGUAAAAUGAAGGGUAAUGGCCCAGAGACGAUUCAAGCACCCUUUACCACCCUUGCCGAGACACUGAGAAGCGUUCCCAAAUCGGCAGGCUUUAACAUUGAAGUCAAAUACCCCAUGGUGGAUGAAGCCGAGCAAGACGAGUUGAACCAAUUCCAGGAAAUCAACAUAUACGUCGACACCAUUCUUGAGUGCGUCUAUGAUAACGUGGAGGAGGAUCGCCAUAUCAUUUUUUCCUCUUUCCAUCCUGAAAUUUGCCUUGCAUUGAAUCUGAAGCAGCCCAACUACCCUGUUUUCUUCUUAACAGAUGCAGGCACUCUACCAAUGGCUGACGUUCGUUGUAACUCGCUACAGGAAGCUGUACGAUUUGCCAAACAAGCAGAUCUUUUAGGCAUUGUGGCUGCAAGCCAACCUAUUCUGGAAGCGCCCAAGAUGGUUCAAGUGAUCAAAGAAACAGGUCUACUUUUGUUCACAUAUGGUGUUCUCAAUAAUGAAGUAGAAAAUGCGAUUGCUCAAAAAUGCUACGGUGUUGAUGCUGUUAUUGUUGACUCUGUGCUUGCCAUUAGAAAAGGAUUAAGAGGAACAGAUUAAGACGUAAACUUUAGAGAAAUGUCAAAUGCGCAUACAAUACAUGCAAUAUAAAAAUAAAGAGGUUUCUUACUCAAUCUUUUUGUUGAAUGAAAAUAUGGCUUUAUAAAACCUUUAGGAUAA